UGAUUCUAAAUCGUCUUUAGGUCUCUGGCCAUGGAGAUUAUCAGAGGCAGUUUAGACAACAUUUCUCGACCUGCGUCCAGUGAGCAGAAAGGAAACCGCGUGUGUUCAGUCCCACUGCCGCACUUCGAGAGGACGUCGCCAACUACUCCGUUUUCUCUUGUUGUUUUGACCAACGAUGCCUCCGAUCAGAGCAGCAAUGAAGAAAUUAUAGAGGAUUUCUCAGAGAGAUAUCCUGAUGAAGAUAGUACUGCAGAAAAUGACGAAGAGCAUAAAUUACAAGCAGCCAUGGAGGAAAUGAAGCGACUUGAUGAAAUACUGUCUGAAAAAAUAAGCCAAGAAAGAGAAACCCGACUUCAGAGCAAAAAACUUCGAGCGAAACUCUGGCAAGAACUGCAGCUGAAUAAGCCUGCAGGCCACUCUGAAAGUGCUCACGAAGUUUUGAACACUCAGCAGUUUUUGGCCUUGGAAACACUGACUGAUGCAGAAGAAGAAGAAGAUUUUCCAUCUGUGUUUGAAACUCAGGUGCCUGACUGUGAGCCUGAUGCAGACGACCAGCGUUUGGAGCCAAGUGAAAACGGGCCAGGCAGCUGGACGGAGGCCUGGGAAGUCGACUUCAGCCACUCUGGAUCGUUCACAGGGAAGAACAAACACAAGAACUUUGUCAGGAGGAACAUUGAGCUGGUGAGUGGUGAGGGGGGCCGAGCGCUUCUGACCGAGGCCGAGCGGGAGCGCCUGGCUGAGCUCCUCCGAGAAAUAGAAGAAGAGGAAGAGGACGAGGCCAGAGACGGAGAGGGGACCACUUGGGCCGUGUCGGUGCUGUCCGGUCAGGUUUACACCCCAGAGCCGUCCGAUCUGGACCAGCUGAUUGACAUCGACUCAAAGAUCCGCCUGCUCCUUCCCGAGGAAGAGUCGCACUCGGCGCAGGCUUCCUACACCAACCUGAGCGUGUGUCAGGGCUGGAAGUGCGACGGGGACUCGCGGCCAGGAGAGAAGGUCCUGCAGGAUAUAAAGGAGAGAAGAGGCCUGGAGAGGCGGCUCCUCCAGAUCCAGCGGCAGCUGGAGAUCCUGGGCGGCGGCCAGGAGAUGACUGAGGAGUGUGCAGAGCUCAGUGAGGAGCAGCUACUUACCCUGCUGGAUGGAUGUGAGCUGACAGAGCGGGAGCCGGGACCCGGAGAUGACUGA